AUGCUCGCAGCAGGAGCGAUUGAUGAUCAAGUGGUUUCAGGUAAUGUGUUUGUUGUAUUGGCAGUGGUAUCACAGUCGCAACUCAGAAGUACCACUGAUUACCUCAUAUCGUCGCUGGCCAUGGCAGAUUUGCUCAUCAUCAUCUUCUGCCUUCCAACUACAUUGCUCAACAAUAUUUUAACAGGUUCUAAGGUUCUAAGCAAGAGUGAAAUAAAUACGUUCUGGAUUGCAGAUUGGCACCUCGGCGCAUUAUUUUGCAAGCUGUCAACUUGGAUAAACGCUACAACUUCAUGUGCUUCCAUUUAUACUCUUGUGGCAGUUACAGCUGAUCGUUAUUUAGCAAUUUGUCAUACGUUGAAGUACACACUAUGGGAAGCUGGUUAUACGUUAUAUGUUAUUGCUGGUAUUUGGGUAGUCAGUGGUUCGCUGGCAACCCCUAGCCUGUAUGGCUAUGAUGAGGUACGUUCGAUCUACUUCGAAUAUGGGAACAACACCGUGUGUGUUUGUGCAUCGAGGACAAACGAAAAGUUACAGUUCGUGGUAGUGAACCUGAUUCUGGCCUUUAUUGUUCCAUUUUUGCUCAUCUCUGUUUCGUAUACGAAAAUCUUCUACACAGUGUCGAAUCAUCGAAGCCUCGCCGUAGAUGCACAUAUCCGCGAUGAACGUAUCAAGCUUCGAGUGGCGACAAUGAUGCUGACGGUAAUCGUGGUGUUCGCAUUGUGUUGGCUUCCUCUAUAUGGUCAGUUUUCCUAUGAUUCCUUUUUCUGCUAG